AAAAUGGUGAACAAAAAACUGAAAUCAAACGAUUCAAACGAGUUCCCGACACCCGAUUCUUCAUCAGGAAUUCUCGACGAAAGGGUUCUCUUAUUAGUCUUCCAAUCAAUCAAUUGGGAUCCGCACAUACUGUGUUUAAUGGCGUGUGUUAGCCGGAAAGUAAGCGCCGUCGCGAAAAGAGUAUUAUGGAGAGAAUUAUGCAUAUCACGAGCACCGCGUAUGGUAGAAGGAUUAAUUCACGGCACGCCGCCGAACGGACGGUUGAACGGCGGUUGGGACUCACUAGCUAAGGUUUUAUUCUACUGUUGUGGCGGGAAACCUUGUCGGAACUUCCGAGUCGAAAAAGUUCUAAAAGGUCAUUUCGCUAAUGCUUCUCGGUUUUCGAAGACUUCUGGUCAGAGCUUCUUGACUAAAAAGUGUCAAAGUGAUGUAUUGUAUAUCUGUGAUCCCUGCGAACAUAGUAUCGGUAUCAGUAACGGUGGUAAUGAUGAUGACUUGGGUGUGUUUAGAGGGGUAUUUAAGGGAUUUGUGAAAUCAAAAACGAGAGACUUUUUAAUCAAACGGCAGAUACAGUUUGAACAUCAUAUUCGAUGUCCGUAUUGUGGGUCUCGUGUUUGGAGUAUGACAUCCGCGAAGCUUAUACCAAGGAAGAGUGCUUUGAAAAAACUUGGGUCCAAUGAUGGGAGGUUGGAGUACUUUGUUUGUGUGAACGGACAUUUACAUGGAACGUGUUGGUUGACUAGAUUGUCGUCGGAUGAUGAAGAUGAAUUUGAUGAUGAUGAUGAAAAUGUGGGAUCGAGCAGUGGGAGAACAAGUUCAAGUGGUGAGGAAAUUUGUGAAACGUUGAUUUGUUUGUGAACGAAUUUUCUCUUUUUUUAGUGUUUGUGUCGGUAGUGAAAUGAGACCAAGUGAAGUGAAAUGAUAUGAUUUUUUGCUUCACUAAUUUUACAUGUGCAAACUCCGAUCAUAUAAACAUUAUUUUUUAUGUAA